UUAUUUAUGUUGAUCUUUCUUGUUAUGCUGAUCUAUCUUUCUGGCUUCAAUUUCUUAGCCCCUCCCUCUCUCCAAUAUUUAACACCCUUCAACCUUGUUACUUGGCUCUUUGUUUCAAGGAUUCCUUUCCUUUUAGAGACCAAAAAUGUUUAGUAACUGUGAGAAAAUGGUUGCCAUCUCUUCAACUACUAACCAAUGGCCACAGAAUGAGAUAGAUGAUGGUAAUAAUAAGGUAAUGGAAAAACAACAAGGUGAAGAACAGAUUCUGAUACAACAGCAAGGUGCACUAAAGUGUCCUCGUUGUGACUCAUCAAACACAAAAUUCUGUUACUACAACAACUACAGUUUGUCACAACCAAGACAUUUCUGCAAAGCCUGCAAACGUUAUUGGACAAGAGGUGGUACUCUUAGGAAUGUUCCUGUCGGUGGUGGUUACAGAAGAAACAAACGUACUACUACUACUAAUACUACUCUCAUCAAAAAACCAACAACGUUAAUUGAUGCUACUUCUAUUAGUCCUAUGUUUUAUGGUUUAUCUAGUAGUAAUAAUAAUAAUCCUAGGCCUUGUGAUGUGAAUCUUAUACCAUUAUCAAGGUUCAAUCUUUCUAGAGUUUCAAAUUCAGGGUAUGAUGGAUUUUCAACAGGGUUUAUGUCUAGUGAAACCAAUGGUUAUAAUACAAGUGGGUUUAAUUCAGUUAUGCCUUCUGUGUUGAGUUCUACUACUCUGCAGCUACAACAUAAAUUCAUGAAUGAUGGUUUGAAAUAUGGUAGCAACAAUUUUCAGGUGGGUUUAGAUGAAGAGAAGAAAGUUGAAGGACAGAACAGUAAAUUUGAGUGGAAUAAUGGUGUUUGUCAAAACCAGAUUGAACAUGUGGGUUUGUAUGAUGAUUCUAUUUCUAAUUCUUCACUUUAUUGGAAUAUAGGAUCAUCAUCAGGUAUUGGUGUUUGGAAUGAUCAAGGUGCUAAUAUUGCUUCAUCACUCACUUCUCUGAUCUAGAAUAUUUUUCUCAAUCCUAAACAUGAAGCAUACUUCAAGUUCAAAGUCAUUUUUGGUCUUUUUGUUUUUAGCUUUGUUGAUUAGGAUUCUGUCUUAUAUUUAACUUUAUUGAAAAAAGAGAAAGUUAAUUGUAAGAAAAAAUGGGAAAGUUAAUUGUAAGAUGAUGUCAGUUGGCUAUCAUGGAAACAUCUUCUUCGGCAAACUUGUACUAGUUUGUUUUAUGGCUGAAGGUUGAAUUGCACUGAAAGUUACAUCUCUCUCA